CAAGCUAAGCAAAGCCACGGAGCAAACUCGUUCGCCUUCAACCAACACCGUCACGCCGCAUCAAAGGCUCCAUCCACCAAAACAUUAACAAAUCACAGCCGAGGCGACCGCCAGCGAGGAGUGUGCCCCCCGCCGAAGCCGCAGGCGCACGAGCUCCAGCCGCGCGAGCCGGCCAGCGAGGCCGGCCGGAGAUCCCCUCCGGCGCCGCCGCCCGCCGGCCAAUGCAGCCGGACUGCCCCGCGGACCUGGUGGUGAGGAUGCGCAGGCGUUUGAACCGCAGCAUGGGCACGGCAGGAGGAAUUUGAUUCCUAAUCAGAGGCGACUUGCUGCAGUGAAAGGCUGUGAUUGUUUUCUGUAAUGGAGUCUCGGAUGGACCAGUACGAGAUCAUGGAGCAGAUUGGGCGCGGCGCCUUCGGCGCCGCCAUCCUUGUGAAUCACAAGAUCGAGAAGAAGAAGUAUGUGCUGAAGAAAAUCCGCCUUGCCAGGCAGACGGAGCGCUGCCGCAAGUCCGCUCAUCAAGAGAUGGCUCUGAUUGCUCGACUACAACAUCCUUACAUCGUAGAGUUCAAAGAGGCCUGGGUUGAGAAGGGUUGCUAUGUCUGCAUCAUCACGGGCUACUGCGAAGGGGGGGAUGUGGAUGAGCUGAUGAAGAAGUUAAAUGGUACUUACUUUCCUGAGGAGAAAUUGCUGAAAUGGUUCGCACAGUUGGUAUUGGCUGUUGACUACUUGCAUUCGAACUAUGUGUUGCAUCGUGAUCUGAAGUGCUCCAACAUAUUUCUCACCAAAGAUCAUGAUAUACGCCUUGGAGAUUUUGGCCUAGCCAAGACUCUGAAGGAAGAUGAUUUAACUUCUUCAGUCGUCGGAACACCGAAUUACAUGUGCCCGGAGCUGCUUACAGACAUUCCCUAUGGAUUCAAGUCGGACAUUUGGUCGCUUGGAUGCUGUAUGUAUGAGAUGGCGGCCCAUCGACCUGCUUUCAAGGCUUUUGAUAUGGCUGGAUUGAUAAGUAAGAUAAAUAGGUCCGCGAUGGGUCCCUUGCCUACCUGCUACUCCUCUUCUAUGAAAUCUCUUAUCAAAAUUAUGUUGCGGAAGAAUCCUGAGCAUCGACCUACUGCAUCGGAGAUUCUGAAGAACCCAUAUCUGCAGCCUUAUGUUGAUCAAUGUCGUGCUCUUUAUGAUGCUUCAAAUACCAUGCGAACACCACCGAAAUCAUUGUCCACUUCACGGAGCAGUCAGAGAAGCAUGUCUGAAAGCCAAAGCAGCAGCAUGUCUAGUAGUGAUAUAGACAGCACACUAUCAAGUGACAGAAGCACAUCAGGUGGAGCUGCAAGUACUGACACCAAGGUCAUUGAUACUCGAAGCGUUCAUGAUGUGGAUCGAGAUAACUCAGAUGAGAAGUGGGCAACGCCAGAAGAUCUCAGAGGCAACAAAGACCUGAAAAGACAAGAUUCAUCUAAAUCCAUGGAUCAGCAUCACAGGGGUGAGACUAAGCAACCGAAAAUCAUUGAGAAGAUAAUGACAACCUUAAGAGAGGAGAGCAGGCUUAGAGAAAGCAGUACUCCGGCAAGAACUAGAGGCGUAAAGCCGAGUUCUGCAGUCAGUAGUAAGAAUGAAGCAGAGCAACCAUCAGAUACUUCAAGGUUUAACAACAAUGCUUCAUGCAGAUCAAGGUCUGGUGAUGAUUCAUCUCAUGGAUUGGUCAGUACCAACGAUGGAUGCGUGAAUUCAGUUCAAGCAUCACCACCCUCGAAGCAACUGUUACCUAUUGUGGAACACCGUUCAAAUAUCAAAACCGUUCGGUCAUCAACUCCUGAACCUGCCAAACAGGUCAUAGAAAAUGGUUCUGCAGUUUCAGCAAAGUCAAAAAUCAAGACCCCAACUAGUGCUACUAGACGGGCUAGCCCUCAGCGACGAGCGGGGGUAGGGACAACUGGCCUCCCAGCCACUGUGCAAAAAGGAGCUCAAACUAAGGCCAUGGUGGAGGGUGAGAAAAGUCCAUGCCAACCUACCCAUUCUCCAGAUACUACCCCUGGUGAUCUUCCACUUAUUGUAAGGCCAUCCAAAAUUCCUUCAGAAGGACUGAACAUCAUGCCAAACAACUCACAUGCAAAAUCUGCUCCCCGAGAAUUGUUUACUGUGGCAACUAAGGAAGACAUCAGUCCUUGCUCAAGUUCAACAGUUGGUUGUGUUGAAAAGAUCGACCAGUCUGAGCUAUCUGAACCUAACCCACCAGCCUGCUUGAUUUCAUCGCACACAAGCUCAGUGCCUGAUGCUGUUGCCACGGAAGACAAUGGCCUUACAGCCAUACCACGUUCAGAAAUUAGCAGAGACAAUUUGCAGAGGAGUGUGGUUAGUAAUGAUUCAAGCCUGAGCUCUGCUUUGGGUCCAUUCAUUCCAAGCUUUGAACAGGAGUUUGUUUGCAAGGAUGAUGUGCAAUCCAGUAAGCAUGGGCAGAAUAUGGCCACAUUCCAAAGUGGUGAGGAUAAAUUUACUGUCCAAGAGCUUCUCUCAUCGAUGCCACCAUACGGUUCUUCCGUUUCAACAGCAGAAGGUGCAAUGUUGGAGAAGGGACCCAAUUCUGUUCAGUCAAUGAAGAAACAAACAUCAAUGAAGAAAGAAACAGGUCCUCAUUUAAACCCACUGGUUGAUGAUGCCAUUCGGCAAAUCAAUCUCAAUGUCUGCAAUGAGCAGCCAACAUCAGAAAAUGGUCAAGGGGAAACUCAGAACAUGGAUGUCAGCAAACUUCUGAAUGUGGUAAGAGAAGAUCUGGAAGUAAGAAGCAGCUCAUGCUCAUUAAACUCACUGCCUUCUACACCUCUUCCCUCAGUUGCUUCCGAACAGCAUGUCUUGGGAAGCAAUGCUGCCUGCAAGAUACCAGCCAGCUCAGACACAGCAAGAUUAUCUAGUGCCAUCGUCGAUGUGAGAUCUUACAUCUCUGAGGCCAACAUCGUUGUCAAGGAGGAGACAUCCCCUGCUAAGGAAAUGCUCGACGUCACGUCAUUUAGGCAGCGGGCCGAGGCUCUUGAGGGGCUCCUUGAGCUCUCCGCGGACCUACUGGAAGACAACAGGUUGGAGGAGCUUGCCAUUGUUCUGAAGCCAUUCGGGAAGAUGAAGGUCUCCCCAAGAGAGACGGCAAUCUGGCUGGCCAGAAGCUUUAAAGGGAUGAUGAAUGACGAAGCAAGUCGCACGUCUAUGUGAGUAUCUGUAUCUUUGUAGCCCGGAGGGGCACUUUUUGCUUGCUCCCCCCUUGUGCUCCGAGCUUACCGAAACUCGCUUGGUUUUAUAACAGCGUGUGGUUUGUGUUGCCUGGUUUUUCCUUUUGAUUCAACCAUUCUUUGUGGCGUAUGUUGUACAUAGCCAAGACUUGUAAACAGAAUAAAUGUCCCUUCAGUACUGCAAAUGGUUUAACUUCUGCAUA